AUGCUAACAGAGGAAGUUAUUAACGGUUCAAAAGCCCAUGAUCUUCCAAAGGAAAUCGUCGAAAAUGAGAUUGCAACCUUAUUAAAAGGUAUUGAGAUAAAAGAAGAAUUUAAUCCUCAUCAACCGUUUGACCCAGAAAAGCAUAUUUUGUAUAAGGAAAAUGACUUCGAAAAAGUAAGAAUUCAUAAGUUAAAAGAGUUGGGAAUUGACAAAACCCAUGUUCCAUCAAUAUCUGAUGUAGCUGUUACUGAUCCUUUUCCUUUAUUUACAGAAGACGCUUGCAACAUCAUGAAAUGGGAAGCAUUUCAGACAAAGAAUGUUGAAAAGUACGGAAAAAUUCCUAUUAUGUCGAAAGGCACCACUUCUACCGAUUUUCAAGUUUGUGGAUAUACAAAGAACUCUCCAUUUACAGUUGCCGCGUGGAAACACCCAAAAACACAGGAGAUAGUCAAUAAAUUUGCUGGUGUACGAUUAAAAAUUAUGUUUGAUUACGAAAUUGCUCAUAUCAAUGCUUCUUUGAUAAGCCUGAAAUACGGUAGUGGACAUAGAGAAACAAACGAAAAUGGCGCUAACCCUGAAGAGGACAGCAAAGCUGUUUUUGAUUGGCACUACGACUCUAACUCAUUCUCAGCAGUAUUAAUGUUGUCGACUAACGACAAAAUGGAAGGUGGUAAAACCGGUUUAAAAACUGGUUCGGAGGAUGUUGUUUAUGUUGAUGGUCCAAGGAUAGGCUAUGUAACCAUCAUUCAAGGUAGAGUUGUUAAGCAUAUUGCAACCAAGCCUAAAACUAAUGAUGAAAGAAUUUCCUCAAUUGUUGGCUAUGUUCCUGAGUCUCUAGAUGUACCUGAUACUACAGUUCUCACUACAUUCCGUCCUUCAGUUUCUCCGAGGUCGUUGCAUAAUGAAUAUUAUCCACAAUGGAUGGAAUAUAGAUUUAAAAGAAUUGAAGAUCGCUUAGCUCGAAAGAGAAAAGAAUUAAUAAGGAACCUGGAGCAUGGUAAAAUAUUUGAACAAUUGGAAGUGGUAGAAUUUUGCGAAGAUAUUUCAAAUUAUUUAAGCAAAAGCUGGAAUGAGUUUGAAUCUGUUGUUGAUAAUGAAAUCUUUCCUCCUAAAAUUUUUUCUACUCCAUACAAUGAGCUUUGA